AACUACUUAUUGAUUUUCUUUCUGUCACGAAAAGUUGUUUUCAUCACUGUUGUUUCAUAAAUAAUUACUGAAAAAGCAGUCAAAAUGUGUGAAAAUCAUGUAAUAAACACCAUUUUCACGGAUUUUCAAAGAAAUAUGGAUACGGAUCAAGAAAUACGUGAGGUUAUUCGCAACAUUUGCAAAGAUGUUGGUCAAAUAUCGCGAGAAGCGACUACAGUUCUUCAAGUAAUUCACCAUAAUGAGGCUGCCAUCACACCAGCUUGUGUCAAGGCAAGGGAAUUAUUUGAAAAGGCACAAGCAGGCUACGCAAGACUGAAAGAGGCUUUACCCCCUAAUGAUUAUUAUAAAUACCAGGAGCAUUGGCGUAACAUGACACAGCGUUACUGCUUCCUCAUCGCGCUCACCAUCUGGCUGGAGACAGGCAUCCUCGCCACACACGACACUGUCGCUCAGAUAUUAGGCAUAAGUGUCAUUGAAAGGAAGACGGGCUUCCAUCUAGAUAUAGAGGACUACCUCAAUGGACUGCUGCAGCUGUGCUCUGAGCUGGCUCGCCUGGCAGUCAACUCAGUAACUCGGGGCGACUAUGAGAAACCUCUGCAGAUCUCUAAGUUUGUCAUGGAGUUAAAUGCAGGGUUCAGAUUACUGAACCUAAAGAACGAUCACCUGCGCAAACGCUUCGACGUUCUGAAAUACGACGUGAAGAAGAUAGAAGAAGUUGUCUAUGAUCUCAGUAUUAGAGGCUUGCGUCCCAAACCCGAGCCUACUAUCUAAGUGUACUCUUAGUUCUCAUUGUAAAAGUAUUCAUUAAUUAAAAAUUUAAUACUACUUAAAAAUAAUAAUAAAUGAUUAUGCGGUA